GCGUCUCGUCAAUAGUACCUCGGUCAUUCGCGCGUUCGGCCGCGUGACAAAUUGCCCUUUUAUCAUAAUACAUAUAUUUGAAAAGCCAAAACAGACCGAGUCUCAGAGCCAAGUGGUUUUUUUUGUUUGUCGCCUGCAUAAAACUACCCCACUAUUUUAUUUAUAUAAGUUUAUAUAAAUUUUCGAGCACGAAAUAAUAAUAGUAAAGAUAUUAUUUUUUUUUAAUCAAAAAGCCGCCGAAAAAACACGUCGAUCGAUCGAAUAGUAAUUAUAAUCGAUACAUAGUAAACAAAGCCGCGUAGCAAAAAAAUUAUUGUUUUUUUAUGUAAAUCGUGUACUAGUCUCGCUGUGCUUUCAGCAAAUUUCUGUGUAUGUGAGUGUGUGUGUGUGAUAAUAAUCGAUUACGUAUAUAUAGGAGCGCAUCGCCGCGCGUUAUAUUCGUAGAAAUUCGUCGAUUACAAUAAUUGUAUAUUUUUGAGUGUCUCCUCGUGCGUGUAUCAGUGUUAGUGUAUAAUUGUACAAAUAAAAAAAAAUCAAAAUUAAACCGCUAAAAAAUCUACAAAAAAAAAUAAACAAAAAUUAAGUGUAUCAGUGUAUUGUAAAUAACAAAAAAAUAAAUCGCGAUAGCUCGUGCGCGAACGACAACGAGUGCGUACGUUGCGUAUCGUGCAUCGUGCGGAGUGAAAUUAUAUAAAAAAAAUUAUAUAUCCAUCCGAUAUCCGAAGCUGGAGUAACUCUCGAUCGUCCAUCGUAGUUCCGAGUAUCCGCCGAUUUAUGCGUGUAUUAUCUCUGUAAACGUGUGUCCCCGUGAAAAUCGUAAUAACAAUUUUUCGUGUAUGUGAAAUUGAUCCGUAUCGUCUACGUAAGUGUGUGUGUAAUCGUGCGUUCGUAAACACACACAUACAAGUUGGCCCCCGCGCACGCGUUCAUCGAGUCGCCGUCGUCGUCGCCGUCGAGAAUUUCAACUUUGCCCCCCCGUACAUCGCGCGAAAAUUUUCUCGCGCGUGCGUGUGUGUGUAUUGUAUGAAAAACACAGCGGUGCCGUGACCUUGCGCGAGUGAAAGUGUGCGAAAACUUGUACGUAUGUGUGUGUGUGUGUGUGUGUGUAGCCGUCGUCUACCUGUGUUUCUCGUUUUGUGUGUACAUAAUAUAUAGAUAUUAUUAUCUCGUGUAAGUGCGCGCGAAACAUAAAAUCGUGCGCCCCGUCUGCGUGUAUCGUGUCCCCAGUGAUGUAAAUUAGUGUUUAUUUAUAUGUAUUGUCUAGUACGUGGCUGCUUGUACAUCUAUCUAUCGUUAUAUUUAUACAUCAUCGUUCGUUGUGUGAAUAUUAUCCGAUUGAGAAUGUGGCAUCAGCAGCAGCAAAAGCAACACCAUCAGCAGCAGCAGCAGAGGCAGCAGAGGCAGCUGCAGCAACAGCAUUCGCUGGAGUCGUCGUCGUCAGAGCAGCAACAACAGAUGCAAGUGCCACAGCAGUUGCGCGCCAGCAACAGCAGCAUCAACACCAGCAGCAGCAACAACAACAAUGGCAACGGCAGCGGUGGCGAAGGUGGAAACGCCAAUAAGAGCCACGGCAAGAGCAACGGCAAAAGCAAAGGCAAUAACAAAGGCAACAGGCAGCAGCAGCAGCAGCAUCAACAGCAGCAGCAGCAACAGCAGCAGCAGCAACAACACCAUCAUCAUCAGCGCGACCAGCCGAACGAUAUCUACUACUGCUACUGCUUCCUAGGACCCAGGGACCCUAGCGUUAUGCUGUCUCUGACGAACGGCGGCAGCAAAUCGAUGCGACACCAGCAUCAGCACAGUUCCAAGCAUCAGCAUCAUCGGCAUCAGUGCAAUCAUCAUGAAAAUCAUCAACAGCACCAGCACCAGCAUCAUCAUCAGAGCCACCAUCAUAAUAAUUAUAAUUAUAAUUACAAUCAGCAGCAGUAUCAACAACAGAUGCAGGAGCAGCAUCAGCGCUCGAUGGCGCUGAGACACGCCAUGACCAAGGAACUGGUCGAGACCCUCAGACGGCAGGGAAUUUACGAGACGUCGGAGGAGACCAACCGACGCAAACUGGUUCACGCAAAACUCAACUUGCUGGUGAAGAUGUGGAUCAGGGACGUGAGCCUGUCGCACGGCAUGCCCGCGGAAGUGGCCGAGGGCUGCGGCGGCCACGUGGAGACCUUCGGCUCGUACAGGCUCGGCGUGCAUCAUCGCGGCUCCGACAUGGACGCGCUGUGCGUCGUGCCGCGCCACGUCACGCGCUCCGACUACUUCGGCUCGUUCGUCAAGCUGCUGAGGACCGAGAUCGAGAUCACGGACAUAAGGACGAUUGAAAAAGCCUACGUACCCGUGCUGAAAAUGAAGUUCAGCGGUAUCGAUAUCGAUCUGCUGUUCGCGAGACUGGAACUCGAAGUGAUACCUCCCAAAUUGGAUCUCAAGGACAACUCGCUGCUGGCCACGCUCGACACCAAGUGCGUGAGGAGCCUGAACGGCUGCCGCGUCACCGACCAGAUCCUCUCGCUCGUGCCCAACGUCGACACGUUCAGGCUGACGCUGCGCGUCGUGCGCCUCUGGGCCAAGCGCAACAACAUCUACAGCAACAUCCUCGGCUUUCUCGGCGGCGUCAGCUGGGCCAUCCUCGUCGCCUACACCUGCCAGCUCUAUCCGCAGCACGAUCCGGCCCUGCUCAUUAGGGAGUUCUUCCGGCUGUUCUCGCGCUGGAACUGGCCGACCCCGGUCUGUCUGCGCCCCCCGGAGCAGGUCAACUUUGGCUUCCCGGUCUGGUUCAACAACAACAACAACAACAACAACAACAACAGCAACAACAACAACAACAACAACGGAGGCCACAGCGUCGUUGGAGUCAGCGGCGGCAGCAGCAGCGAAUUCGGCUACCAGGAGCGCGAGGCGCUCAUGCCCAUCAUCACGCCCUGCUAUCCGGAGCAGAACACCACGUACAACGUGUCGAGGUCGUCGCGUCGGGUCAUCGUCGAGGCGUUCGAGCGCGGCUACGCGACCAUCAGCGCCAUACUCGACAAUCAGGCGCCGUGGGACACGCUUUUCGAGCCCGUCGUCUUUUUCGGCCGCUACAGGGAGCACGUGACCGUAUUCGCCAACAGCACGACCAAGCACAAGCAUCUGCUGUGGUGCGGUUUCAUCGAGGCCCGAAUACGCCAUCUCAUAGAGCGAUUGGAGCGACACAAGUGUAUCAGCGUUGCUCACGUCCACUCGGAAUCAUACAGUCCGCCGGCUCUGCUCGGGAACCAGGGCUACUGCUCGGUCUGGUACAUCGGUCUGGCCUUCGACAAAGAAGACGUCGAAGUCAAUCUUCAGCACGACUUGCAACGAUUUACCGAAAUAACGAAAGCUCAAGCUGAACAGAUCAAACUAUUCAAAGCGGACAUGGAUUUAACUGCCAUACACACGAAACGCAGCAACAAUAAAGAGAAGCUCGUUCAGCAUGACCAACAGAACGACGACAACUACAAUAAUAAUAAUAAUGAUGAUACCGUGGCCGACACUACCGCGUACCAUACGUAGAAGGGCAACGAACGAGAGAAGAAGGACAUCAUUAUUAUUAUUUAUUUUUUUUUUUACAAAUUCGUAUGUAAUCGUGACGCUUAUUAUAUAAUAUUAUUAUCUU